AUGGAAAGAAGCGACGAUGAACUUCUGAAAGACGUGAAAGAUUGUAUUGCGUUUCUCGAAGAAGGGUCGGCUUGCACCCGCCAGUUCUCCUGGGCAGCUUUGAUGCCGCUCUUGCAUGUUGUUGGAUUGUGUUCCCGCAACAUCUGGAGCUUUGGGCCAGAUGAUGUGCAGCAACUCCUCGCCUACAUUGAGCGAUAUGGUGACAAGCCCAUCAACAUCCAGAUGCUGAGCCCGUCAGGAGCGCCCUUACAGCAUCUUGCACAGGGUAUCAGGAGCAACGACGAGUUCUGCAGCAUGGUAUUGACUUGGCCAGGAGGCGGCAGAGCUGCUGACGAAGCUGCCAGAGCCAUCGUGGACAAGCUGAAGGAGGACCGCGGCGAGGUUGGCGACAAAACCAGGGACCUCCUGAACGCAGUAGGAAAUUGGUCAACUGGCUACGACAUCACCUUCCAAACACUACGAGAAGACCCAUCAACAAUAGUGCAGACGCUGCAAGGUCUCCUCCAAGCAGAAGGAAAGAAGGCCGCUGAUACGAGGCCUACAGAGCCCAAGGUGCUGAAGGCGCUGCCGGCUUCCAAGCGCAGCCUCGUCGACCCGUGGAUCUCCCGGGCGAAGGAGGCGCAAUCGAUCCGCGAGGACCGGUUCUACAAAGGGCUGAAGCCUGCGAUCGGGCUUCUGCGGCUCGCGCUGCUGAAGCUCGCCAGGCGCGCCUGCGAGAAGAGCGGCGCUCCUGCGGACAACUUGGAGAAUGUUCUGGAGGUGAACUCCAUCGACCAGCUUCGCGACCUCCUCGACGAAGCAAAGUUCUCUCUGACGUGGGAGGCGCUGCGCAAGCAGACGGCCUGGCGACGUGCUGUGGUCGACGUGCCCGAGGAGUUGCCUCCGCGCCCUCGCACUGGAGCGGUCUCAGGUGGUGGCAAACGGUGGGCCCUACGAAUCGCAGUUGUUGCCCUUCACGCAAUUGGGCGCAUAUUGCCAGAGAACAGCGUUGUCGGCUUUCUUCAGGUCUUGGCCAAUUUCCAGGAUCUCGAGCGCGGGAGCAGUGUGGUGCAGCGUCCUCCGACCUCUACGUGCGGAGAGGCGGACCGCCCGCAGCUCCCGGGGAGCGAGCACUUCCGAGGCUGUGCCACUUGGAAAUAUGCCGGCACCACGAUUGGCAAGGCGCGCGUGGGCAUUGAGGGCUUGACCCGCGGAGAGAUCCUCGUGAUGCCAGACACGGACUCGUCCCUCACCGUCUUCUUCACGAUGUUGGCGGGGAUCGUCACCGAGUGUGGCGGCACCCUCAGCCACGCGGCAGUCACUGCGCGCGACCCAGAGUACAACAUCCCAUGUGUUGUUGGCCUCGAGGGCGCAUGUUCCAAUAUCAGAACGGGCGACACGCUGUGCGUGCACGGUGCUACAGGACUUGUGGAGGUCUUGCGUUGCAGUGACAUUGUUGCGCCGCCAGGCGAGCAGACGCAGUAA